UUAUAGUCGAACAUGGUACUCAUGAUGGCCUUCUUCAAAAAGAUGGUAGUCUUUAUAGAGAUAUGUGGUAUGAACAAGAGAUGUCAGAUCCGAUAUUUGAUGAAGAAUAUGACGAAAAACCUGAUUCAACAGAUAAAAAAUAA